AUGCCAUUGUUGUCGGUAUCGACUUUGGGACCACUUACAGCGGGUACUGAUGCACUCUUCCACUGUCAUUGGAUGCAGUUGCUGAUCCGACACAGUGUCGCCUGGGCUCUUCGUGACGGAGAAGAUGUCGAAGUAAUCUCUACCUGGCCUGGAGCAGGAAGCCGCACCACGCCAAAGGCCCCAAGCACCAUCCUCUACGAGAACAAUGCGAUCCACUGGGGCUACCAGACAGGAGACAUGGCUGGCACCAUCUAUGGCGUCAAGUUACUCCUAGAUGAUUCCCAUAAGCCAAAAUAUCAACCCGCUGCAGAGGCCCGUGAUUUUAUCAAAGAACGGGAAACCACACCCGUGCGUGUGGCGAGUGAUUAUCUUCGCAAACUAGUCGCCCAUGCCCAGGACACGCUGGAUCAACGAUUUGGCAGUGCCGUCCAGUCCUUGGGGCUGGAGUAUGUGUUGACCGUGCCUGCCGUUUGGUCUGAUAUGGCCAAAAGUGCUUCUAUCGUUGCUGCCGAAGAAGCAGGAAUUCCCGAACGACAUCUCACUCUGGUCUCUGAGCCAGAGGCUGCGGCUCUCCAUUGUUUGCAUUCAAUCCAGCCCAAUACCAUCGAGGAUUUGAUAUCAUACCGUGUAAAAAGUACGAAUCCACUGCGACUGGAGGAAGAAACAGAAGGGACUGGUGGUGUGUGCGGUUCUGCCUCGUUGGAUGAAAGAUACAAAAAACAUCUGAAAAAGCGUUUUGGUAGGAAGUUCGAGAAGAUACCUCGGCAAUCCAAACAGAUGGCGAUGAAGUAUUGGACGGAGACUAUCAAACCAAACUUCACAGGACAAGCUGGUUAUUCCUGGAGCGAAAACGGCAAACUAGAGGGAGACUACUUCAUCCCCAUCCCAGGAAUCUCGGACAGAUGGGCCAGGGGCUUAGAUAACGGUUUUCUUUCCAUCUCAGCGGAUACCGUCAAAAAGAUAUUUGAUCCUGUCGUCCAACAAGUUCAAGGUCUGGUCGAUCAUCAGAUACAUGGCCUCAGCUCCUGUGGAAAUCCACUACCAAAGAUGGUCUGCUGUUGUCCAGUACGUCAUUCUUCAAGAAAUAUAAACAUCUUUGUCGGCUAA